AUGCCGGUCCUGGGUGACGCCUGCCGCGGCAUUUCUGACGAGACCAGGAAGCUGCGAGAACUCGCGGAAGAAGUCGAACGACUGCGAGCAGCACAACCGCACGUCGUCAAUAUUUCACCGCCGACCCUGGAUGACUCCUACUCGCCACCGAACCGUGAAGAAGCAAAUUGUCCAGAUCUAGCCAUCAAUGGACCUCGAAUUGGUCCUGUAGUUUCGCAUCCUUCACCUGCCUUGACAGACUCACAACUUCGUGAACCACAAGUUGCUGCUCAAGUACAACUGCUUCCAGCAGUUAAUCCGCAAACACUCGGCAACGUGACUGUCACGCCUUCUCAGAUAGACAGGCUGUUUCAGACAUUCUUCUCUCAAUACCACCCAUUUUUGCCCUUCGUCGAGGGAAGUGGCUCACCCGAUGAUUAUCAUGCCAAGUCCCCGCUGCUUUUCUGGACUAUCAUUGCCAUCGCUUCCAGAAGAGACGAGGAGGAACCCACCAUGCUCACAAGCCUUUCACAAGCUGUACAAGACCUCCUGUGGCAGACAGUGCCCAAAGUUCCGCAUUCUCGGCUGGAGCUGAAGGCGAUGAUCUUGAUCUGUCUCUGGCCAUUCCCAACCUCUUCCAUGAGUACAGACCCCUCGUUCAUACUAGCCUCAGUUGCAAAGACCGGCGCAAUGCAUAUUGGACUGCACAAACCAUAUUUUGCCCAGGAUUUUUCACGCGUCAAAUUUCGGUUUAGUCCGGAAGAACUGAGAGACGCCCUGCUGGUAUGGUCAGCAUGCUUUAUAGCGGCAGAAAACAUAACAUCUUACGUUGGACAGUUCCCUUUAUUUGUCACUGACGCUACCCUUGAUAUGAUCUGCACUUCCGACAAUCACGGAAAUCUCCCUCUGGAAAUUUACCAUAUGGUCCUCAUUACAAGAUUUUGCAAUCGCUUUCACAGAGUAAUGGCCAGCCGGGAAAGACGAAUGGCCAGUCUGGGAGAGAAUGAUAGCGGAGUACUACUGCCUCUAUAUGAGUCUGAAUUGAAAGACCUCCGAUUCACUCUUGGGCCAGAUUUGUCCAAAACGAAUGAAAUCCUGUUUCUCUAUGCCACACUUCAGCUCCGAAGUUACUAUCUCUUAGAGCGCUCUCACCAGGGUGCACACAAAGAGUUUAUCCUCAAAGCAUAUCGUGCUUCACUCAACGUCAUUUGGAAGUGCCAGGAGAGGGAAGUACAUUCUAAGCUGUUAACCUGUGGUCCGGAAAUAUUCAUCCAUGGGCUUUGUGCUGCUUGUAGCUUUGCCUUGAAAAUCCUUCGGAGUGGCUACUAUUCGCAAUUCAUUGACAUGGACGAGGGACGCAAAGCAUUCAACCUCGGUGUAUGCCUGGUCAAGAAGUGUUCGAUUGAAGACAAUGAUCUACUAGGAAGAUAUUCCAAGAUUCUUGCACAGCUUUGGGGAGCCACAACGGAACCGACUGCCGUGCAACCAGAGCUCAAGGUGAGAAGUCGCCUCGGAGCCAACCUGCUUCAUGACACUCUUUGGAAAUGGAGAGAGAACUUUGGAGGGCAGCCUUGUGGUAGAACAGUCACUGCCUCCCAAGGUGAGAAUAGUGGCUCUCCGUCGUCUGCCUCAUUGGGUAUUGCUGCAGGUGGCAACACACAUUCCACUUGCACUGAGAGAGCCAGGGAACAGAACCUGGAGCCAGACAUUCUCAUUGCCCAGAUUGACACGGGUCCCAAAGUUUCCAAUGCCCCGGUACUAUCCCGUUCUACAUCAACAUGGCUCGAAGAGAUUGGAGAGAUGGACAUGGGAUUAGUUGACGAGAGUAAUAAUCACUGGCUUUGGAAUCAAAGCGGCAUCUCGACUUUGAUGGCUGCGGACUUUGACGGCAUGGAACUGCACUCGGAUUACAUUUUCAACACCCAGCGCGGAUAA